UGGAAAAAAAUUUCUGACUUUACAUAAUCACAAAAUAUUCGAAAAAUGAUUAAACACAUGUCAAAAAUUAAAGUGAAAAUAUUUAAAAAUUAACUAAAUUUAAUGUUGAAAAAUUUACCAUAUCGGCUGUAUAGUCGAUUUGCACGUUCUAAGACAAAGAAAUCAAUUGAUAUUGUUCGAGUUCGGAAACCUCAAUUUCUAGAAGCAGUAAAUUUUAUGAAGAUCAAUUUUCUUGACGAUCCGUUUGUUCGUGCGAUGGGAAUUUCUGUGCGACAUGAAGAAACUCAAAAUUUUCUCUCAAGACUAUGGCUGACUCUUUUAAGACCUGAAUUGUCACUGGCUGCGGUUCAACGUCAAAAAAUAUGUGGCUUGUGCAUUAAUUGUUAUCAAGCGCAACAACAACUUAAUUCACCUAACCAAACAAAUGAUAGUACCUUUCUCAAACUGUCUAAAGUUGCUAAAUCGAAAGGUAUUCGCAACUUGAUGCAUGCAUGGGAUAAGAUAGAUCGUGAAGUUGUAUUUCCAAUGAAUGAUAAAAUUGAUAAUAUUAAUAAUAAUACAAAAACUUUGGAAUUAGCUGCUUGUUCGGUUGGAUAUAAUCAUCGUCGAUUAGGCAUUGCCAAGAAACUUAUUCAAAGCUCGACGGAAAUGGCAAUGAUGAUGGGUUUCGAUUAUGCUCGUAUAGAUUGUUCACAUGUUGCAACAGCGAAGAUUUGUAAUCAAUUGAAUUGGCAAAAAAUUUGGGAGAUGCCAUUUGAGAUGUUUGAUGGUGUCGAAUUGGCCAACAUGGAUGAAGAAAGUUCAAAAGUUCAAGUGUUCAUUAAGAAGUUACAUUCGUAUUCAAGCUUAAAUGAUCUCAACAAAAAUAGGGGAAAACCUGAUCCAAAUAUAAAAUAAAUAGAAAAUAAAUUGCUAAAUAACA